AUGGAGAUAUCAUUUGCUUCAGCGACAGUAAAGGUUAGCAAUCACAUAUAUGAUGACGUUGCCUUCGUCAUUCUGUCUAAAUUACCUCUCAAAUCUUUGUUUCGAUUUCGUUGUGUGCGUAAAUCAUGGUCUCUCUUAUUUGAAAACCCUUAUUUCAUGGACAUGUUCCGAAGAAUUUUUUUAUCUAAGAAUCAUUCUUAUUACAAUGAUACAUCUCUCCUCUUGCAUGAUGAGUACAUGUUGUAUUCUCUUUUCGGGGAGAGGUUCGAGAAUAGGGUCAAAUUAGAUUGGCCAAAUCCGUAUGGAGAGCAAUUUGAUUUUAAUAUUUAUGGUUGUGCUAGUGUUAAUGGUAUUCUUUGUAUUGAAGACGCUGGGAGAAUUGAGGGCAUUCAUUGCAUUGAAGAAUUAGGGAGAGUCGUAUUGUGGAAUCCAACUACUGGUGAAUUCAAAGUCACUCCUCCUAGUCCCUCUGCGUUUGAAUCUCCAUGUUGGGAUCCCAUGAUUGAUCUUCAUGGAUUUGGUUAUGACCAAGUUAGAGAUGACUAUAAGGUAAUUCGCAUAUAA